UUUGGAACACUGUCUGAAAUGUCCGCAGAAUUUCCCGCUGCCGGAUUCGAACUGAACGAGAGUCCGCGAUUGGACAGGCGGCAAAAUCCAUAUUCCGGGAUGCCCAAGACACAUCGCGUUCCACCAGCUCCGAAUACAAAUAGUUUAACUCCUGCCAACUGGACUCGUUUUAGUGAUGACGAUCAGCCUAAUCCGGAAGAAGAGGAAGAUCGAGGUCUGCUGACCAAUGAACGUGUGAACCGUCCAGAUGAGUUGUCCUUCUACGAAUCGUCAGCACUACAUCGUCCCAUCUCCUCAUCUACCUACAAGGACCCAUUCUCCAUAUCACCGAACACGCGAUCCAGCGUGCCACACACGAGUCCAGGUCUAUUCACCUCCUCCCCAUCCGGUUCACCAAGCGUUAAAACCACACCGUCCCCCGUGCUACAUUCGCACCCGUCUCCGCCCCCAACACCGUUUCGUCAACUUGUUGACCCCGGUGAGCAUUCACCCGAUCGGCAUCAUUGGGCUUAUCGUCCACUCGAAGACGGAUAUAGUUCGAACAUCUAUGCACCACCCACUUCUGAUCUGUCCUCAACGCAACCGGGCAGUGAAGACCAAUCCCGUCCCCGAAACGCUCCUCAUAUCCACAUUCCUCUGGAUCGAAUGACCGGAAUAAAACACAUUGAUCGGGCUAAGAGCACCGAGGAUUCGUUAAGUCCGUCGUCCAUAGUCAGUCCAUCAGAUGGAGUUCGCGAUCUGUCCUCCUCGGAACCGGGGUCUCCGAGGGCCGUGGAUCGACGAUGGUUGUCCCUGUUCACCUUACAUCCGAAAGAAGAGGCCCAAUAUGCCGAUCAGUUUGAUCAAGUUGUCGACGCACAACAACACGGUGAUCUACGCCGACUAACCGUGACCCAGGCCGAGAGUCGUAAGGUCUUUCUCACUCAGUUCAAUGUGACCCCAUCCUCGUUCGAUAAGAUCUGGCGCCUGGCAGAUAUGGAUCGAGACAAUCGUUUAAGCAAACCGGAAUUCUGUCUGGCCGCACAUUUGGCACAUCUACAUGGACGACAAGGAUUGUCGUUAGAACAAGCGGUCUCCGCCACAGCCUCGUAUAUCGCCGAUCAUUUACCCUGGGAUCUUCGACACUCGUUGCGGACCGGAUCCGGUGAUCGGCGCGAUCACCACCACCACCAUCAUCAUCAACAUCAUCGCCGUGAUCGUGCAUAUCUAAACCGGCCGGAACAUCAUAAUGUGGAUUCGUCCAAUCGCUACCAACCGAUACCCUGUUCUCCACCUAGCGACGUUGCAUCGAACAACUUGGUGUGCUGCCAUUCUCCCACCGAUCUCCCGGUCUCCGGGCGUACAAUCGCCAAUCACAAAACCUAUUCACCUAUCUCACCAUUUGUUGACCCACUUGACACAUGUAACCCUGAUCACAAUCACCUACCCUCACAUCGUUUGGAUCAUAUGACCCUGGUGGACGGGUUUCACGGCCGGGAUCCGGAUCCCUUGCCAGUGAGAACCGUUCGCGAACAUGGCGAAGAGGUGAGUGAUGAGGAUCUUGGAUUGGAAGACGGCGAAGCAGAACCGGAGACGGCACUGCUACCAUCAGUCGUUUCUCGUAAGAAAAAACUUCGUCUUGUAAAAUCGCGAUCCUCAUCCUCAUCCUCAUCAGCAUUGACACCACCGUCCAGAGCAGACUCCGACGCGGAUGAACGCGACACCCGAGUUCAUCCUGCAAGCUCAUCUUCGACAGCCAGUUUCUCUUCAGCCGCAUCAUGUACAUCUUCAUCAGACGAGGAACAUGUUCUGUCAUCCGCCCCAACUACCGUCACCACUUCCACCACCACGUCCACGUCAUCCUCGUUGUCGUCCUCAUCCAGUGGUGCUUCGAACACAGACAAUGAAAAUUCCGGUCGCAAACGGACUACGUUCAAUCCCGACUAUCUCUUUCCGAACGGAAAAUUGAGCGUGCGAAAGUGCAGCAAACACCGGUACGUUGACACUGUUCAAUCUAUGAUCUGCUUAGGGUGUCAUGGUUUAUAA